UUAAACAGCGUUUAAGUUUUGUUUUCUUCAGAUUGUUUGCGGUCAAACUUGCACAAGUCGAUCGAGAUAAACGAAAGACUAAAGACUAAGACUCGUUUUAAAAAGGUUACUACUUUAUUAAACGUUCAGUUAUUAGCCGAGAGACUCGAGCUUCGUCUCGAAUGUUAAGCUAACGAAGCUAACACAGGGCGCUGAUGCGGGCCGAGCAUCAAGCUAGCGUUAGCUGAUUUAACCGCGGUGUUUUCAGCGUUUGGAUAAACGCCACGAACCCACUCUGUCGGUCACCUCGGGGAUGAGCUGCCCGGUGAACCUCCAGGCGCUGCCGUCUGCAGUUUUAGAAGCUGUUUUUACUCCAGAGAAUGUGAGAGGAAGAAGCUCGAUGAACUCUGUCACUCCGCUGAGUUUCCCCAAAUCCAGAUCAGCUCUGUGGGAUGGCAGCCCCGCAGGAGAAAAGCUCCGCCUCCAGCUCUGCUCUCACAGAAAGCCUCGGUUGGUGCUGCUGGAGAAAGCUCUGCGUCUGGCUCAGCGUCACGCUCGUCACAGCAACAAGCCCCUCGUCCACUGUUUCUUCCUGGGAUCAGUGUCUGUGGAUGCAGAUGAGGAGGGGGUCACCGUGACUCUGGACCGGUUCGAUCCGGGUCGGGACCAGGCUGGAGCUUCGGGCAGGGUUCCCUCUGCUCUGCUGCCUGGAGAUGUCCUUGUUCCCUGUUUGUUCUCCACACAGACUGAGACGCCGUCUGACGCUGUCAUCCAAUCAGAGGCUGAGCUACAUCACUGCUUCAAGGUGUUGCAGCAGAUUGUGAGCGGCAGACAGACUCUGGACGUCUCUCAGCUGAUGAAGGUGAGAGGUCGUGUUGUCUGCUCUCUGCAGGCUGACGCCGCAGCGUUCAGCCUCGGCUGGUCGUCCGUCUGUCCGUCUGUCAGCGUGGACGUUCAGCCGGUCCGAGCCGUCCCCGUCAUCCCAACGGCUCUGCUGAGGAGCCUGGUCAGCAUCAAUCGACCGCAUGCCGCCAACCGACAGAGAGGGUUUCUGACGAUGGAUCAGACCAGAAAACUCCUCCUGCUGCUGGAGUCUGAUCCUAAAGCCUCGAACCUGCCGCUGGUCGGGCUUUGGCUGAGUGGAGUCACACACGUCUACAACCCUCAGGUGUGGGCCUGGUGUCUGAGGUUCCUGUCUAGCUCCACCCUCCAGGACAGAGUUUUUUCAGAGAGCCGCUGUUUCCUGCUCGUUCUGUUCGGUUCCACCCACAGAGCUCCUCAGUUCUUCCAGUGUCAAGGACCAGGACCGCAGCUGGACUACCAGCUGCUGACGGCCUCCCAGAAUGUCACACUGUUCCAGCAGGUCCGGUCUGUGGAGGGUCAGACUCUGCAGUGUGAUCUGGGUCCAGAGGAUCACAGCAGACAGAUGGAGAUCUUCAGAGAGGCUCAGAGCUCCUUCAGCAGCGGCGCUCCCCCAGUCGCCGGUCUGUCUGUCAGUGAUCAGGACUCUGGAGUCGAGGAUGAAGACCUGUCUCCACGACCGUCCCCGAGCCCCCACCCUCCCGCUCAGCAGACUCGGAGAGUUCAGCCGUCAGUUCCUGAACUUUCUCUGCUGAUUGACAGCAGCUUCACCACCAACCAGGAGGGCUCCACCCUCAGACCUCCUCCUCCUCCUCCACCUGCAGCUGACAGGACAUCUGCUCCAUCAGCCGGCUCCACCCUCAGACCUCCUCCUCCUCCUCCUCCUGCAGCUGACAGGACAUCUGCUCCAUCAGCCGGCUCCACCACCACCUCCUCUGUUCCCAGACCUCCUGCUUCCUCUCACCUCCACAGCACCCCCAACUCCAACCUGCAGCAGCCCUGCACCUGCUGCACCACCCACACCUACGACUGCACCUCCAUCUUCUCCUCCCCAGGACUCCACCCAGCUGCUGCUCCUCCUCCACCUGCUGCAUCCUCCCCUCAUCACACUCCUCACCCUCCCUCUAGUCUCCACCCUGCUCCUCCUCCACUUCCCUCUGCUCACUGCCAUUUCCACACUCCACCUUUCAGCAACCAUCCAACUACUCCUUCUGUGCCUCCUUCCUCACGUCGCAGCACUCCUCUGUCCUCCCAUCACCAUACUCCACCUCCCCUCUCCAACCACCCACCUGUCCCUUCAGCUCCUCCUCCUUCUCACAGCCCUUCCUCUCAUUUCUCCAAUCACCACCAUCAUACUCCUCCUCCUACUCAUCCUUCUCCUUCCUCUCCCCUCCUCCCCUCUCCCCCCUGUCCUCCUGCUGUCCGGUGUUGUGGUGAUUCCCCCUCUCCUCAUCCAUCCCAUCCUGCGGCAGCAGCAGCAGACCCUGCGCCUCCCCCCUGGUUCCCCCGUCCCUCCUGUGUGAAUCAGUGCUGUGAGCAGGUGGGGGCUGUCCUACCGACAGACACCUACCAGCUCCUCCUCCAUCAGGACCGACAGCUGCGCCUCCUGCAGGCUCAGGUCCAGAUGUUGCUGGAGGCUCAGGGGAAACUUCAGUCCUCUGGUCAGCAGGUCAACACUGAGACACCCAGGAGCACCGCCAGCAUCGCUGUGGGGACAGGUGCCAGUCUGUUCUGGGGGGAUCCCGUCGAGCCCAUCCUUCAUCACGAGGUACAGGCUCCUCCGCCCUCCUCACCCACACCUCCCCCCUCAUCCUCUCCCUCCUCUGUCAGCAGGCCUGUGGGUGGAGCUGAGGACAAUGACCUCACAGGUCAGGAGGCUGCAGUGUCCUCCUCCGGUCAGCACAGCGGUCUGCAGAGUCCAGUUCUUGGAGAGAGUGUCAGCAUGUACAGACCUGCAGACGACCAGCAGAGCUUCUAUCAGGACCUCAUGAAUCAGCUGACCAGUCGUCUCCAGGAGUCAGACGGCAGACAGGAAGUAGAAGAGGAGCAGCCCAGGAGGAAGAGUCUGUCUGUGGUUUCUGGCCACUCCCAGUCAUCCCAGUCAUCCCAGUCAUCCCAGUCAUCAAGGAGGAAGCAGCAGAGUCGUGGAGACCCGGUGGUCAGCGCCACCGUGCGACAGCUGCAGCUGCUCGGGGCUGAUGUGACCGAAGAAGAUGUGACAGAGUCCAACAGAAGAAUCCACCAAACUGUAGAGAGCAGCAGCACUCUGGCGAGCAUCAAUCCAGCGGCGGUUCUGUCCAGACUGAGCGUGUCCGAGCCGACGGUCAGCGCUUUGUUCCCAGGAAGCAGCGUGGAUCUGAGUUUGGAGGCCAACGCCAUCGCCCUGCGCUACCUGAGCGACUCUCAGCUCAGCAGACUGUCUCUGGGUGGCUGCGCCCCCUUUCAAGGCCCUACAUCUUCUAAUGACUCCGUGCUGUCGCCUAGCAACAUGUCUCUGGCCACCAGGAAGUACAUGAGGAGGUAUGGCCUGAUUGAAGAAGAGGAGGAGGAGGAGGAGGAAGUCGAUGUUCGGGAGACUUUGUCUCACCCGCCGCUGACUGAAGCUCAUGUGAAGCUCCUCCCACAGAGUCAGCUGAUCCGAGACCUGCGGCCCAAAAUGCAGCUUUUAGCCGUCGGCACGGAACCAAACACAGCCAACAAGGAGAACUGCGCCCACAGGCGGCCAUCUUUGGUUAGGGCGAGCAGCCGUCAGACAGAGGGAUCAGUGGGAAACAUCCUGGACCUGAGCCGCCUGAGACAGCUGCCCAAACUCUUCUGAUCCUCUGAAAUCUGCUGGAAGCUUUUAAAAGUACUCUUUUUAUUUUUUAAGUGGAGUCUGGUGUGUCUGAAGUGCUCCGUGUGACUCAGGUCCUGGUCUCACUGGAUACCUGCCGUCUUCAGUCAGGACAGGCUGUCAGCUGGAGGUUUGGUCUGUCAGUGUGGACACGCCACUGGUCUGAUUCCCGUCCUGGUUUUACUGCAGUCUGCCACCUUUAGUUUACUCUCUCUGCUUGUAUCAGACGUUUGUUCAUGAAGUGUGUGACUGAUUUUCUCUUCACUUGUUGUUUUUAUGUGGAUUCUCUCUUGCACAGAUUUUUUUAAAAAUAUUUAUGAUUCUACAAAUAAAAUUCAGAAUACUUUUACACA